UGUGAACAGGCCCAUCUACAACACCAUACAGCAAUAUGUCCAAACUAAGAUCCAGUGGAGACGACAUAUGGGAUAAUGGAACUGAGAAAAUAAACACCGAGCUUUUGACGCUUACGUAUGGGUCGGUGGUGGCACAAAUGUGCCGCGAUUUCAAUCACAACUACCUGGAAGUCAACCAACAGCUAGACAAAAUGGGAUAUAAUAUUGGCGUCAGGCUUAUUGAGGAGUUUCUCGCGAAAACGGGCGCACAGCGGUGUUCGUCUUUCCGUGAAACAGCAGACAUGAUCUGUAAAGUGGCUUUCAAGAUGUUCCUUAACAUCACCCCUUCGAUUGAGAACUUUUCCCCGGAUGGAAAAAGCUUUUCUAUUGUCCUCCACGAUAAUCCGUUGGCGGAGUUUGUCGAGCUCCCGAUCACCACGAACCCGAAAGUGCAGAAGGAAUUAUGGUACUCGCAACUAUACUGUGGUGUGCUCAGAGGCGCUUUGCAGAUGAUUCAGCUCGACACAGAUGUGCAUUUUGUGCAAGACGCUCUUCGGGGUGAUGAGAAAACGGAGAUAAGGUUGAAAUUGAUCAAGAUUUUGAGAGACGAGGUGCCCGCUGGUGAGGACUAAAUGCUUGUUGUGAGCUUCACAUUUUAAAUGUUGUUUUUUUUGCAGAAGCUUGUUAAAAUCCUCGUCCCUAUUCUUCAUCGCUUUACCUCGGAACGCUUCCGGUAUGGUGCGGUUCAAAAGCAAUAUAUUUCUGGUUUUCUUUGUAAACCGACGGGCUGAUUAAAUUAUGCAAACUAAUAUUACAAGGCUAUCCAGUCAGAGCCACUAGAAAAACGCGUUUUCAUCCUAGAAUGCUGUGUUUCUUACAAUGAGAAACCACGUAUGCUCAUUCUUAAAAGGGGAGAAGGGACUUCCAAAGAACACUUGCUCAAUGGCUCCGAGCAGAUGUCUACAUUUUGGCCUAGUUCUUAAUACCCAAAUGUGCUUUGAGCCAUGUGUCUGCACGAUUUCGUGGUCCCAUCUUGUACACAAGACUAUGUAAUUGCUAAAGCCUUGAUUUUUACAAAUGACGGAUUUGUGUGGUUCGGCUAACG